AUGGUUCAGGGCGAACGCGAACCGUUUGUAAAAGAAGCCGAACGCCUUCGUUUGCAACACAUGAAAGAGCAUCCGGACUACAAAUAUCGACCCCGGAGAAGGAAAGUUCCGAAAAGGAAUAUGAAACGUGCCGGGGGUUCUGCAAGUACAGCAACCAACAUUUCUCGAUCAGGAUCCAGUAAUUCGGCAGUAACGAGCUCUGGUCUGCCGGAAAACCCCUCACCCCUCAUCAUGCAAAACAGUUGUCUUCGCGGUGGGCGUGGACUGAACAGUAUCACGGCCAGCGCCCCAAUUUUGUCUAAUUUGCUGAACACGCCGGACUCGUCCCCAUGUUCCAGUCCGCAGAAUGAAGGGGUUGACAAGUGUAGGACCCUCACCGCCGAGAAGACCACCUAUGACCGCAACACGACCAGCGGUGUCCUCACACCAGAAAUGUCACCGCAUAACAACACAGACGGAAUGUUUAAAUUUCCUCCGUCGGAAGACAUGCCGUUUAGAUCGCACUAUGCCCAGAACAACCAGUACCCCAACAGUAAUAUGAUGUCUGGGGUGAGCUACAGUGAUCUCCUACGCCAGCAAUACGGACAGAAUUCGUCGGGUGGCGCUCGCUACUUGACCAAUGAAUGGAUUAGCCGUGUGCCGGCCAGCCUUUCAAUGGACGUUCGUCACUCAGAUUGUGUCACUCUUCGCAGCCUCAUUACACAGGGUCCCUCAGCCGGCCAGCGGUACAGUCCGUCAGUGGUCACCUCACACAGUUCUCCGAUCACUAGCGUGGGAGGCUACAACGGAACAACUGGCAUGCCACCACCAAUGCUCCAGAUGGUUGAUCGACAGCAUAAUCUAAUGUCCAGUGGCAGUUACAACGAACCGUUAGUUACCGUAGAUAUUUCGUCCCUGUCAACGCCUGAAUUAAGCUUAGUUGCUGUUAGUGACGGUAUAAAUCAUCAUAUCAAUACCACAACCAAUACUACUACUACCACCACUAGCAAUGGCAUGAUUCUUCCAUCUCUUGCACAAGAAACUGAAGACGAAAGCAAUAUAGACUCCAUUCUUUUGACAGAUCCUCCAGAUGGUACGGAAUUCGCAGAAAUUCCUAACGCGUGCCCACCACUUUGUAACGGCUACGCUCCUACAGCUGGAGGGGUUGGUUCUAUAGGAGAUGUUUUUAGCCAGAUUUCGCCAAUUGAUUGCAAUGGAUCGCUUCCACCACUGUCACAACAACAGCAGCAGCAACAGCCAUCGUUGCAGGGGCUUGAGACGAUCAAUCCAUAUUAUCAAUCAAUGCCGAGUAUGCCUUACGGCAAUCAAAACCUUAGCAGCAACCCUUCGAUACCGUGGGCGGUGAUGCCCAGCAAAGUCAAACCCAACCGGAAUGGCCAACAAUUGAUGAAAAAAAAUGGGAUCGCCGCUCUCUCUUAG